GAAAAAAGCAGCACUCCUCGUCGGCUAGUAACUCCUAUCACAUCUGAUGAUGAUGACGCUGCGGAAGCAGGUCCAUCAAAAGAAGUAUGGAGCAGCAGAAGUGGCACUUCUGAAAGACUUCACCACAAAAAACCUGUGGCCGAAAAGAAAGCAAGGUCGUAUGUCCCGGCCCAAACACAGCAGGCUACCCCGCCACGAAGAUUAUCGUCCGUAUGUUCUGUCCCCCCACUCCAAAUUUUGGACACACCUCCAAGGCGUCAUCCACACUCCCCUCAUCUUGAUUCUUCUAGUCCUGGAAACAGCAUCCCUCCGCAACAACAGCAACACAGUGACAUGGAGGAGACAAACAUCUUAGAAAUGCAGCCAUUAAUGCAAGGAAUGAGCCCCCCAGCACCUGUGAGUACACCACCACAGCAAAGCACACCACCACCACCACCACCACCACAACACAGCCCAACAACACCAGGAACACAAGGCCCUGAUCAGGUGUUUUGGACCAUUUGGGCUAGACAGCAGGUCACUAAUGAAGAUUGCCUGCGUAAGCAGACACAAAUGUUUGCAAGCCUACCAUCUCACCUCAGAAGAAUAUCAAGAAAUCUGAGUAGACAAAAUGAGCAAACAACCAGAAUAGGCAAUACCAUGGAACUCAUGCGUACAGACAUUACACAGGUCAUGGGCAACUUACAGCGCAUAAUGGAAGAACAGCACAGACAACAGCAAAGCUAUAUGAGCAUUUUUCAAAACAAUCAAAAGAUUAAUGAAAGUUUAUUCCGAAUAGUAGACAAUCAAAAUGCUGCUACACGUGAACUCAAUGCCACCCUCACUAACCUGAAUGAAACACUCAGAUGCAUGCACCAACAGCAAACAAGCAGCAGUUCUGGUACGACUACUCCAAAUAUCACGCCAGUCUCAUCACCACCAAGACGCUCCACCAGAGCACGACAACAUGACAGUGCUAAAGGCAAAGGGCAGGACAAGCAGCCACCCAAAAAAAUGUGAAAAAAAACAAGUUAGACAUUUGUGAUAAGUAACUCAAAAAAGUUAGCAAGUGUUUUUGUUGCUAAAAUAAUAUAACACUUAGGUCCUUGCCCCUUUUUUCAACAUCAUUAAUUAUAAGUGGGCCAACAAAAAAAAAAAAUGUAGGACGCACAUUUAUUCAUUACCAUUUUUAUUUGGUAUUGGAGGCGGGAAAUGUUGAUGGAGCCACACAUACAUGUUAGCAGAAAGUAAACUGACCCCUUGAUUUUUUUCUAAUCAUUACUCUUUCUAGAUUCCAAUCAUUCUCUUUGCCUGCAGAUACAAUAAUUGCCAGCCAGGCAGAAUGUCUUUAGCAGGAAGUAAACUGACCACUUGAUUUUUUUCUAACAUUACUCUUUCUAGAUUCCAAUCAUUCUCUUUGCCUGCAGACAAUCCAAAAUACAAUGUUAGUGAUACAUAUCUUAGCUAUCUUAUCUAUACAACAUUACAAGAAGAACACAAUUGAGUUGCGUAAAAAGCUUGUAAUAUGUUGCCUUUGUUUUGUUUGAAAAACAUUGUCCAAAUGAAUGUCAGUAUUGUUGGGACAUGUUUGUGUGUGUUAAAAAUUAUUGAGAAUGUUUUGACACGUGAUGCAGAAACAAACAAAUAUGUAAUUUUACAACAAAAAGCACAAACUGUGUAUAAUAAUGUAUAUGUGUGGCAAACUGUGUAUUUACUUACACAUCAUCAAGUUUACAGCAUCAAACAUUAGGAAAUAAAUUAUUCCUGAUUACA